UCCCACCGCACAGCCCAGGAGAGGCUGUCCCAGCUCCUCAUCUGCUCGGAUCCCAUCGCACAGCCCGGGAGAGGCUGUCCCAGCUCUUGAUCCCACCGCACAGCUCCGGAGAGGCUGUCGAGCUCCCGAUCCACUCGGAUCCCGCGGCACAGCCCCGGAGAGGUUCCCCCGGGCCCCGCGAGCCGCUCCGCCCGGCUCCCGCCGGGACAGAUCCCGGCCAUGCUCGCGGUUUUGGUGGUGCUGUGUCAACUGCACGGGACGGUGUUCGCCUUUCCUCACUGCCCUGGGAGAUUAAGUAACUUGAAACCUGAAAGGAGACAUGUGUUCACAUCUGCAAGGGAAGCAAAUUUAUUUAUUGGACGACAUCUUCUGAACAACAGAUUUGAUUUUGAAGCAUUCACAGAUGAUAACCUGGAAAGGGAAUGCUAUGAAGAGCUGUGCAAUUAUGAAGAAGCAAGAGAAAUUUUUGAAGACCCUAAUAAAACGAUGGAUUUUUGGAAAGACUAUUCAACUAAAGGCCCUAAAAUAAAAAUAGGUGAUGAGGCACUACAAAAGAUUAAUGUCACAGGGCUGCUCAUCAGCCUGGUUGCUGCUGGAGUUCUGUUGGUUAUAAUUGCACUGAUCAUCUUCUACUGCUGCAAGAGCAGAUGCAAAUCAAGGCAACCACCAGGGUACUUGGAUUAUGUGAGAAGCAGAAGACGUAAUUCAGCCAACAUCUUCAGGAGGCAUGAGGAGUUUUCUCUGAACCCCCUUCCUGUCAGAGCUGAUGAUUCAGGCCUGCCCAGUUAUGAGCAAGCAGUCACUGCAGAUGGACAGCACAGCAUGCCCCCACCCCCUUACCCAGGGCCCCCCAGGGAUGCACGGCUCUUCACAAAGUCCAUGUCUCUUCCUGGCCCCUAGGCACAAACCUCCUGCUGGCCUGAGGGGGGAUUACUGGAACAUAACAUACUUUUGGAAAAGUGUGGGCUACCUUGCAUAUUGCAAGAUGAUUUACAGAAAUGUGAAAGAUCUUUGGGAUAAUAGGAAGGAGUGGAGUUCCCGUUUGGGAAAAGAGUUCACCUGCUGCAAAGGCUGCAGGACUGUUCUUUGCACAAAGUCACUGUGCCAAGGGGAGAGAAUGAAUAAACAGCAAGCCUUGUACUGCUGCCCUCUUCCAUAUGAGCCAUCCCAUCAAACUAUUGAUGUUCCAUCAAUAGUUUCAUUUUCUUUUUCUCCAGAAAGAACAGUAUUUUAAUUGCUCAUAUUGGCACUAACCAAUUUUUGUGACUUCAUACUUUAAGCCAUCAUAAGAAGUCUACUUUGUUGCUUGACACAUUCCCCUCUUUGCUGGGUGAAUUUUCUAUUCAUUCUUGUAAUAGAUUUGAGUGCAAAAAUUAUUUCAUGACUUGAUCUUUCAAAUAUACAAAUAUAUAUAGUA